AUGGCGGGCUCCGCCGUCGUGAGGAGCCCCCUGUCCAUCCUCUUCUACAUCCUCGCCGCCGUGGCUGCCACCGCCGCCGCGGAGACGCCGACGACCGACGCGGCCAUCGACAAGGCGUACGCGCAGCUCGUCAACGUCACCGCCAACCAGGAGUACUGGGCGGAGCGCGCCGAGGUGGCGCACGCGUACAACCGCGCGGCGUACGUGAGCGACCCAGUCGCCGUCAUGGAGCGCUUCAACGACGGCGUGCGCAGGGCGACGGCGACGUCGACGCGGUCCCGGUCCCUGGCGCACAAGGCGCGGGGCCCCUGCACGGCGACCAACCCGAUCGACCAGUGCUGGCGGUGCCGCGGCGACUGGGCGCGCAACCGCAAGCGCCUCGCCAGGUGCGCCAUGGGCUUCGGCCACAGGGCCACGGGCGGGCUCGCCGGCAGGAUCUACGUGGUGACCGACCCCCGCGACGACCCCGCCAACCUCGUCGUCCCCAGGAAGGGCACGCUCCGGUACGCCGUGAUCCAGGACCGCACGCUGUGGAUCACGUUCGCGCGCGGCAUGGUGAUCAACCUCUGCAAGGAGCUGAUCGUCAGCAGCGACAAGACCAUCGACGGUCGCGGCGCGCAGGUACACAUCAUGGGCGCGCAGAUCACGCUGCAGAACGUGCACAACGUGAUCCUCCACAACCUGCACAUCCACGACGCCGUCCCGCGCGGCGGCGGCGUGAUCAGGGACUCGAAGCACCACUCGGGCGUCCGCGGGGAGAGCGACGGCGACGGCAUCUCCGUGAUGGGGUCCAGCGACAUCUGGAUCGACCACGUGUCGAUGCGCAGCUGCGCCGACGGGCUGGUGGACGUGGUGGACGGCUCCACCGCCGUGACCAUCUCCAACGGCCACUUCACCAAGCACGACCACGUGAUGCUGUUCGGGGCCAGCGACAACGCCGUCAAGGACAAGAUGAUGCAGGUCACCGUGGCGUUCAACCACUUCGGCAAGGGGCUGGUGCAGCGGAUGCCCCGCUGCCGCUACGGCUUCUUCCACGUGGUGAACAACGACUACACGCACUGGCUCAUGUACGCCAUCGGCGGCAGCCAGAACCCCACCAUCAUCAGCCAGGGGAACCGCUUCCGCGCCGUCGACGACAGGAACUUCAAGGAGGUGACCAAGCGGGAGUACACGCCGUACAGCCAGUACAAGGACUGGGUGUGGAAGUCGCAGGACGACCUGUUCCUCAACGGGGCCUUCUUCAACCAGUCCGGCGGCCAGAACGAGCUCCCGUUCGACAGGCUCGACCUCAUCCAGGCCAAGGGCGGCCAGUACGCCGAGUCGCUCACCAGGUACGCCGGCGCGCUCAACUGCCGCGUCGGCAAGAAGUGCUAG